UUGUCACCAAUGGUUCAUAAUAACUUUCAGGUUGCUCGUCAUUCCUCAAGUUGAUAGGGAAUGCCAAGAAACUGGAGCGUGUGUCUUGCAGAUCGCGUGAAAUUGGAGGGCGUUGAGCUCCAGGAGAUAUUUGUCAAACAGGAGGAUACACCAGGAUAUGGAAGAGAGUCAAAGCCCUCCACAAGUAGUGCGGAUAUCCCUGGAACACUAUCCCGUUCUGCGCCAGUAGCAGCAAAGAAUGCUGCUAGAGUGUCAAGGCUUCUAUUGAAGAAAGAAUAUCCACUAGAUCAAAAGAUUUUCUACUGUCAUAAUGAAGACUGUAACUAUGUAGGACCUAAUGCUACAGCAUUGCAUAAGCACUGCAAAAGAAUGAAUCACAUCCGUGAAGUACCAUCAUAUGAAGAAUGCCCUGUGUGCAGGGUGAAUUUGCGAGAUAUAAAAGCUUUGAUUCUGCAUGCAAUAGAGCAUCAUCAAUUUAAUGGAGAGGUCAGAGAAUUAGACUUCGAUAAUUCUGAAGCGUUUGAGAUAUGGAAAGAAGAUGUUGAAAGGAAGACAAGCACUAGAUAUAGCAGCAGAUAUACCAAAAGAAGAAAUCGGAUUGAGUACUCAAAUUACAGAUGCGACCGAUCGGGCACACCCAGAACUAAGUCUCGAGGUUUACGGAAGCCUCACACAAAGAUUGUCAACAAGUCCUGUACGGCCUUUUUGAAGGUGAAGAAGUCUCUUUUGAACAACAGCAUUCAUGUGGAGUACUGUACAUCUCAUCUGGGCCAUGCACUGCAGCCGCGCAAAGCUAAAAAUAUCCCAACUACUACUGCCGCAAUUAAUAACGAACAGAUUGGUGGCCUUGCGUCUGUUGACAUGCAUAGAAAUCCGCAAGAAGCAGUUUCUUUGAUGGCAUGUAAAAAACUCGAAAUUGAGCUCAAAGAAAAAAUAGACUUGGUUAUGAUCGUGGCGCGCAGACUAAGUGAUAGUGGAACUCAAGAGGCUAGUGUUCGACUAGCUCGAAUGUUAGAAAAAGUUAACGAAGCAUUAGACUCAGAUAACAGUGAGGAGAGUCGUCUGAAACACGUUGCUUUUGGUUGCAAGAAGGCUCAGGAAGCAACAUUCCUUGCGGAGAUCAAGUAAGAUAACAGGAGGAAGCACAAAGUUUCUGUUGGAGAAGACUGUUUGCUAGAGUCAGGCUAACGUUCCUAACGUUCUUGCAUGGACUGAAAUGCAAGUCUGUGACACUACUGUAACUUGUACGGUGUAAUAUCAUGUUAUUAGAAUACCAGUGCUUCACCUCUGCUUCGCAGAGGUUCGCACUGGCAUCGAGAGCCGUGGUAAACUCACUUUCUGAGAGCUUGUCUCUCAAACAUUGUUCGGUUUAUUGCAACGUGACCCGCAGUUAAAAAUGAACCAUGCUCGCUAUCUUAACCUCACAUG